ACAACAUUGUGACAAGACAUCAGUGUUCUAACCAUAUCUUUGAACUUUCAACCAGUCUCCCAACGCAAGCUAUUUGAGAAGACACACUCACAUCAUGCUACCGGUUAUCCACUGCGUGCGCCAUGGACAGGGCGUUCACAACCUCAGCUACGCGAACCAUGAUCUACCCGACCCCGAAUUGACCCCUCUUGGGGAGGAACAAGCACAGGCUCUGACCAGCAGGCCUGAACUGGCCAACAUUGAGCUUAUCGUAUCAUCACCACUCCGACGUACCAUUCAGACUGCUCUAUUGGCGUUCCCAUCAAAGCUCAAAGCCGGCAUGCAAGUUCUGGCUUGGGCAGAGGUGCAGGAAGCAAGUGAUCUGAUCUGUGAUACUGGCAGUCGUCUUCCUGAUAUUAAAGCCAGGUUCAAUAGUCUGCCUGUAGAUUUCAGCCUUAUUGAGCCAGACUGGUACCUCAAGCUCCAUGAUAAAGCAGGGAAAAUGGGCCCCAACUGCGGCUUGCCUCCUAGAGAGGGCUCAGCUGGCCCGACAAUGGUUGAGCGAAAGACCUGAAGCUGAAAUUGUAGUGAUUUCACAUGGUUGUUUCUUACACUUUCUGACAGAUGAUUGGGUUAAUGCCAUUAAUCCUCAAGCAACUGAUUGGGCUAACGCUGAGGUCCGCUCUUUUACCUUUGCUUCUAAGAUAGGUGAAGGUUACUCUCUUGAUGAGACUGAAGAAUCAAGGAUGAGACGAGGGUGUCAACAACCUGCUUUAACAAAGGAGCAACAGCUAGAGCUACGGGACACAGUUCUAAGGGCAUGGAUUGAAUGGGGAGUAAUAAGAGGGUGAUAUUUAUUAAGUCAUUGGCAGAAAAUAAAAUGACUUGAUGUUUUGGUGCAUUGCAAGGACGUUGGAGAGGAAAUAUCCAAUCGAAGAAUCUAACAUUCUUCGCAGAAUCUUCUUACAUCAGAUAGUUAACGAUCUGGACAACAAUUAACUGUC